CACCGGCAUUGUUGUUGUUGUUGACCACCUCUCAUCCACUACUACCACGUCUUCGGGCUUGCAACUCGACGCCGACAUCAUCAAUACAUGGAGCUGUUUCCGACAGAUUUCUCACAAGGGGGUGAGAGCGUUCAGCCUAACGAGGUAGAGGCGGUUCCCACCCCAGUCCACGACUCGCCCCAGCUGGAGCAUCCCGUUGCGAGCGCUUCAGCCGCGAGUAUCCCGCCCGAGUCUGGCACAGGCACUCCGGAGCAAGAUCAUUCACUACGUGGAAAGGCUGCCACCCACGGAUUGACCGCGGAGGAGAAGAAGGAGCGGCAGAAGCAGCAGAAUCGCCGUGCUGCGGAGCGCAGUCGCAACAAGAAACGCGAGGAAGUUACUGCAUUGGAGAUGACCGUCAACAACAUUCAAGAGGAGAACAACCGCCUCCGCUCGCGUCUUGCGGCCUUGGUCGCUGUCAAGCCCGACACGCAACCUGAUCAGGAAACCGCUGGCAGCGCUUCGUUCAACAUCGAUGUCACGGCCGUGUCGAGACUUCAAGGAGAGCUUGCCGCUGCCAAGGCUACACUCCUGGAACGGGAACUUGAGCUGGGGCGUGUGAGUAGCCCUACAACGCAAGCCUCAACGGGCUCUGACGAAACGCGUCGGGUGCUCGCAUCCCGCACCGCCGCCCUUCAAGAAGCACAAGCUGAGGUUCGCGCUUUGAACGCGGUCAUCAAUGAGCUUCGGACAGAGCAUGAGUCGUUGAUCCGUCGGCGGGAUGUGGUUACCCGCGAACUGGAACUGCGCCGAUCCUUGCAAGAUACCCCCGGCGAGUCUGCCGCGCUUUCCCCCUCACGCGCAAGUGGCGUCGAGCGAACCCUCCUCGAACUUCGGGGCCUGGUGGAUGGCGUCAUCAAGACUUGGGAGCAGACUUCGAUGAUACCCGCUCGCCCAGAUGAUCCCCACUCUAAAGUGGUUGAUGCGGCCGACGGUGAAAGGUAGUCUGAGGGGUCAUGUAUUGCUGUCUGUACGAUGCAUAUGUCGUCUAAUGUUGUGUCAAAUAGUGCUACAUAUCCAACAACCGCUUCAAGAAUUGCCAAGUGGUGAAGGAUAUGCUAGAGAUGUAAGCGGGAUCCAGAGGCA